UUGUGCAGCAAAUGCUGUCAAAACAUGAAGGCAACACCUUUAUUCAUGCAUAGGCUGUUGCUCAUAGUACAUUUCAAGCCAUCCUCAAUGGGAAAGUGGGAUCUUGAUCUUCCGGUUUCACAAAUUUAAGUAGUGAUAAUUAAAGCAUAGGAAAAAUGCCUGAGGGAAUAACAGCAGAGAAGCUUUUGAACAAUAUAAUGGAAACAGUUAGUGACAAUGCUCAAAAGAAGAAAUCUGUGUCAUUCUUUGAGGAAGAGAAAUCAAACUCAGUCACUUCUCAGUUCAAACGGCUCUUUGGACGGGAGAAGCCAGUUUACAAUCUUCUGGGGGCUGGAAAAUCUGCUGACUCGAUGUUAUGGAGGAACAAGAAAAUCUCCGCGAGCUUCAUAACUGGUGCUACACUUAUCUGGGUGCUCUUUGAAUGGCUUAACUACCAUUUUCUAACUCUUCUAUGCUUCGCUGUGGUUCUUGGUAUGAUUGCACAGUUUGUUUGGUCAAAUGCAUCGGGCGUAUUCAGCAGGUCGUCAUCUGAAGUCCCUCGUAUUGUUUUGCCUGAUGAGUUAUUUCAAAAUAUUGGUGUCGCAGUUGGUGUUCAGGUUAACCAAGCCUUGGGUUUUCUUCAAGAUGUUGCUUGUGGAGGAAAUCUGAAGCAAUUUCUUUUGGUUGUAGUAAGCUUGUGGGCAGCUGCUGUGAUAGGGAGCUGGUGCAACUUUCUGACUGUUCUGUAUGUUGGUUUCAUUGCUGCCCACACACUGCCAGUUCUGUAUGAGAGAUAUGAUGAUCAAGUUGAUGGGUUUGUAUACCAGGUCCUGGGACAGCUUCAGCACAACUACAGGAAGCUGGAUUCUGGUUUCCUCAGCAAAAUACCCAAGGGAGGCCUCAAGGGAAAGAAGCAUGAAUAGAUUCAUAUUGGUCCAUUGGAUCUGGGGCAUCCUCCAAAUCCAUUUUCUUUUGUGUCCCACUAAACAAGACAGUCAAUACUUGGGUAUCUGAACAAUGAAAUGUGUUAGAGAUUUCUUCCCUUUUUAAAGCAGCAUGUUGUUGUAAAUGUGCACUUGCCCUUGCUCUCUGGGGCCCUGGUUGCCCUAGCUUUCAACUUAUAGUGAGGGUUGGUUUGAGAUGGAUUUAGUAAGUAAUUUCUUCACAUUUUCUUAGGUUUUUA